GUUCCUGUGGGGAGCACAAGAACCCUGUAGAUCACUAUACCCAUGUUAACAAAGCCCCUGUCCUUUGCUGACUGUGUUGGGGAUGAACUGCCAUGGGGAUGGGAAGCAGGAUUUGACCCUCAAAUUGGUGUCUACUACAUCGAUCACAUCAAUAAAACCACGCAGAUAGAAGAUCCAAGAAAACAAUGGCGAGGGGAACAGGAGAAAAUGCUCAAGGACUAUCUUUCAGUGGCUCAGGAUGCACUCAGGACACAGAAGGAGCUGUACCAUGUGAAGGAACAAAGACUGGCUUUGGCCCUAGAUGAAUAUGAACGAUUAAAUGAUGCCUAUAAGGAAAAGUCAAGCUCUCACACAAGCCUAUUCUCAGGAUCUUCGUCCAGUACUAAGUAUGAUCCUGAUAUCUUAAAAGCUGAGAUCUCUACUACACGAUUAAGGGUUAAAAAGCUGAAGAGAGAACUCUCACAGAUGAAGCAAGAACUGCUUUAUAAAGAACAAGGCUUUGAAACAUUGCAACAAAUUGAUAAAAAAAUGUCCGGAGGCCAGAGUGGGUAUGAACUUAGUGAAGCCAAAGCCAUUCUAACUGAACUGAAAUCUAUCAGAAAGGCAAUUAGCUCAGGAGAGAAAGAAAAACGAGAUCUGAUGCAGAGUCUUGCUAAGCUGCAGGAGCGAUUUCAUUUGGAUCAGAACAUUGGCAGAUCAGAGCCAGAUUUGAGAUCCAGUUCUGUGAAUUCUCAUUUAUCUCUUUCCAGACAGACUCUUGAUGCUGGGUCACAAACAAGCAUUUCUGGAGAUAUCGGAGUGAGAAGUAGAUCAAAUUUAGCUGAAAAGGUCAGGCUAAGCCUACAGUAUGAAGAAGCCAAAAGAAGUAUGGCCAUCUUAAAAAUUGAAUUGUCAAAGUUGGACAGUGAGGCCUGGCCUGGGGCACUGGAUAUUGAGAAGGAGAAGCUGAUGCUGAUAAAUGAAAAAGAAGAGUUUUUGAAAGAGCUGCAGUUCAUCACGCCACAAAAACGCACACAAGUUGAACUGGAACACCUGGAAGCCGAAAGGCAGCGGCUAGAGGAAGAGCUGCUUUCUGUGAGAGGCACACCUAGUCGGGCUCUGGCCCAGAGAUUGAAACUGGAAGAAAGAAGAAAAGAGCUGCUACAGAAACUUGAAGAAACUACUAAAUUAACUACUUAUUUGCAUUCACAACUUAAAAGCCUCUCCGCCAGCACGCUGUCCAUGUCAUCAGGGAGCAGCCUGGGUUCCCUAGCGUCCAGUCGGGGCUCUCUGAACACCUCCAGCAGAGGGUCACUGAACUCCCUCAGUUCCACUGAGCUCUACUACAGCAAUCAGGGCGAUCAGAUAGACGUGGAUUAUCAGUAUAAACUGGACUUCCUUCUGCAGGAGAAGGGUGGUUAUGUUCCUUCAGGACCUAUCACCACCAUCCAUGAAAAUGAGGUGGUCAAGUCCCCCAGUCGGCUGGGUCAGAGUGGACUCUGUGGAGCACCAGUUGCAGCGACUGGUCACACACCCACCUUGACUGAGGCCCCCAAGUCUGUGACAUCCCUGUCCUCGAGAUCGUCCCUUUCUUCCUUGUCCCCUCCUAGCUCUCCUUUGGUCUUGGAAGGCGCAUUUCCCACGUCUUCUCAUGAGGCUUCUCUUCAUCAGUUCACCACUGACUUUGAAGACUGCGAAUUGAGUAGCAGUUUUGCAGAUAUCAGCCUUGGUGACAAUCAGAUAUUGCUGGAUUCGGAUUCUGGAGGAAUAUCUCAGUGUCUUUUAGAAGAUAAAGACCUUAACAAAUGUGCUAGGGAGCCAUUAUUUGAAGGAACCACAGAUGUGGAAAAAUCAUUACCAAAAAGAAGAGUAAUCCAUUUGCCUGGGGAGAAAACCACUUGUGUGUCUGCUGCUGUAUCUGAUGAAUCCGUGGCUGGAGACAGUGGAGUCUACGAAGCCUCCAUGAAGCAACCUAAUGAAAUAGAAGAUGCUCCAUAUAGUGAAGAGGAUGCGACCAUAGUGGAGAGCGCCCAGGUGCAGAUAGGACUCAGAUAUGAUGCAAAAAGUUCCAGUUUCAUGGUGAUUAUAGCACAACUCCGAAAUCUGCAUACCUUCUUGAUACCUCACACUUCAAAAGUGUACUUUAGGGUUGCUGUUCUUCCCUCCUCAACUGAUGUCAGCUGUCUAUUUCGAACAAAGGUCCAUCCACCCACAGAAUCUGUGCUGUUCAAUGAUGUGUUCAGAAUGGUCGUUUCCCAAACAGCCUUGCAGCAAAAGACACUGAGAGUUGAUCUUUGCUCUGUCAGUAAACACCGCAGGGAAGAAUGCCUGGCUGGAACUCAGAUCAGCCUGGCAGAUUUACCAUUUUCCAAUGAGAUUUUCACUCUAUGGUAUAAUUUGCUCCCUUCCAAGCAAAUGCUUUGCAAAAAGAAUGAAGAAGGAAGUGAGGACUCUGCAUUUCAAUCAAACCAGCCAUUAGUAGAUUCUAUAGACUUGGAUGCAGUGUCAGCUUUACUUGCAAGAACAUCAGUUGAGCUGUUAGCUGUGGAACAAGAAUUAGCACAAGAAGAAGAGGAGGAACCAGGACCAGAAGAAGAGCAUCAGGGUCCAGAAGGAGAUUGGUUAACAAUGCUAAGAGAGGCCUCUGAUGAAAUUGUGGCUGAAAAAGAGGCUGAAGUCAAGUUGGCAGAAGACAGUAGCUGUACAGAGGACUUAAGUUCAUAUACUAACUUGCCUGGGAUGAAUGAAAACAGGUGUAGGAAAGAAAAUGAGUGUGCCGGAGACCAUACAAAAGAGCCACCUGCUGGAAUACCUACCCUGGUUGACAAAGAGACAAAUACUGAUGAAGCAGUUAGUGACAGUGUGGCAGUUCGCCCCAAAGAGCGAAGCAGCCUGAGCUCUCGACAGCAUCCAUUCGUGAGGAGCAGCAUGAUAGUGCGCUCACAGACAUUUUCUCCAGGAGAGCGGAGCCAGUACAUCUGCAGGUUAAAUCGGAGUGACAGUGACAGUUCAACCUUGGCAAAGAAAUCACUCUUUGUGAGAAAUUCCACUGAACGGCGCAGUUUAAGGGUCAAAAGGACGGUUUGCCAGCCAGUCCUCAGAAGGACAGCCCAAGAAUGCCCGGUGCGCACAUCUCUAGACCUAGAACUGGACCUGCAGGCCUCUCUAACCCACCAGAGCCGCCUCAAUGAUGAACUGCAGGCCCUGAGGGGCUUGCGGCAAAAGCUGGAGGAGCUGAAAGCUCAGGGAGAGACUGACUUUCCACCAGGUGUGCUCGAGGACGAGAGAUUCCAGAAGCUCCUGAAACAAGCUGAGAAACAGGCUGAGCAGUCAAAAGAAGAGCAGAAGCAAGAUUUGAAUGCUGAGAAGCUGAUGAGACAGGUCUCCAAGGACGUGUGCCGGCUUCGGGAGCAGAGCCGGAAGGUGCCUCCGCAGGUCCAGUCCUUCAGGGAGAAGAUUGCCUAUUUCACCCGAGCGAAAAUCAGCAUCCCUUCCCUGCCAGCUGAUGACGUGUGACCCCAUGGCAGGACAUCCUGCUUCACAUCUGGCCACUUUCUUAGGGAGGGCAAAAACACUGAAGAUAUGCUUUGUUUUGUUUUUCAUAACAUAACUGUCAGCUCUUAAAAGACUUUAGUUCACACCAAAUUUUCAACCAGAUGUCAAUUUGUAAAGAAUUUUUUAUGUAAUGUCCUAUAUGUUUAAAGAAGAAGAAAAUCAUAUCAAAAAUGGGAUAAUCUGGUACACAAAUGUCACAACACGUGUGCACACUGUGCAUGCAUGUGCGCGUGUGUGUGUGUGUGCACACGCGUGCUGCCAGUGGACCUUAUUGCGUACAGUGGAGUAAAGCAGCGCCAGUGUCUGUCCAUUGAGCUGGGCUCAGUAGAAGGUGGUCUUGGCUUUCUCUCUGUUUCCUGUGAUCAGACUGUGAACCAGGGCUUAGUGUUGUGUGGCAUUUCUGAAGCAAGAGCAGCUCUUUCCUUGGGAGGUGAGCCUGAGUACAGACAUGAGUGCAGCUCCAAAGCCGCCCGAAAUAAGUGCUCUGUUCAUCCCCAUGACCUGUACUGGAACACCUUUUUCCUUAAAACAGUUAUUUAGAGAACACAAAAAUAUGAAAUACUGAAUACAACUGUAUAAGAACACAAAGGAGCAGUACCCCUCACGGUACUAAAGAGCUUGUAACCUGCAGCAUUAAGAGUGUGGACGGAGGAGGAGAAUACAGCUACCCUGAAACACAUCAAAUGAGCAGCUGCUGCUUCUAACCUUAUCUGAAUUUGCAAGGAUUUCAGUGUGAAUUUCUGGCCUUCACCAGGGUUUCCUCCUGGAUCUGAGGGUAAUGCCAGGGAGAGGCUUAUGUGGCCUUGGGGUCUAAGAACAGACAGUACUGGUGUUGCAGAGGUGAACAAAUCUGCACGCGUGAGGUGACAACAAGAACAGGAAAGCUGUGUCUUCAGUGAAUCAAAGUUGCCAAAAAAAUUUUUUUUUUUUGUCAAACAAACUUCUAACAUUUACUAGAAAUUACCCUGCAACUCUCCAUAUAAGGGGAUUCUGCCUAUAAUUGAUGUCAUGUCAUUGGGAAGCAAAGGAAAGAGUAUGCCUGGGAGUAUUGUUAAUUUGGAAUAGUAAUAGGCUAAAGCAAUUAUUUAAAAA